AUGCCGAGGUCCAACAGGCAACGGGAGUACAAACCGGGAGACCUGGUGUUCGCUAAAAUGAAGGGCUACCCGCACUGGCCCGCCAGGAUUGAUGAGUUUCCAGAGCGAGCAGUGAAGUCACCCUCCAACAAGUACCAGGUGUUCUUUUUUGGGACACAUGAGACGGCAUCCCUCGGGCCGAAGGACUUGUUUCCUUACGAUGAGUGCAAAGAGAAGUUUGGAAAGGCCAACAAGAGAAAAGGCUUUUCUGAGGGCCUCUGGGAGAUUGAGAACAACCCCACCGUCACACAUGAAGGCUACAAGUCUUCGAAGAAGGACGAAGUGUCUGAAGAGGCCGCCGGCUCUGAGAAAGCCGACGCAGAGGGCAGUAGCGAUGAAGACGAGGGCGCCCUGGUCAUCGACGAGAAGAAUGACAGGGCGGGAAGUAAACGUAAAGUGGACGAGUCGGCAGAAGUCUCACCCAAGAGGCCGAAAGACACGGAGACCGUGGGUGCUUCCGAUGUAGACAACGCCAAAACAGAGGGCAAGGUCAACGACGUGACUGCGCCUAAGACGGCCGAGCAGGGUGACAACGCGGCACCGGCAAAGCAAACUGUGGACAAGGCUGUCACAGAGAGCGCUUAA